UUGGACUCGGAGCACAUAAGUAGUAUACCAUGCGCAGCAUUAUGAGUACGUCCAGAAUGUUUUGGAGUCGUCUACUCGCCUAUUUCUGCGAAGUUGAUCGUCUGUGUUUUACUUGCAGGCCAGCUGCAUACAUGGCACUAACUUACGGCUAGCUCAGGCUAGCACUCGAGACCUGAGGUUGUGGGAAGGACCAUCAAAAUCGUCCCGGCUGAUACAUUUAACGGGUCGCCGCAAAUUCUUGACGCCUUCUCUUGAAUAGUGCCUCAACAUAAUGUUCACUACUGACUUGGACGCACAACAGAUAUCGUUGUGCACUUACGCCGUCCUGGCGGGGAACAGUAUCCUGAUAUACGACCAUGUGUUGACUCUACCAGAAGAAUUUGCUUUCAUUUGGCGUCGCCCAAAAGGACUAGCUGCAAUGUUAUUUCUGCUCAAUCGCUAUCUUGCCCUUCUCGGCAUUAUCUGCAGCAUGGUAGUGGAACUCUUUCUUAUUUCAGAUGAGGAAUCAUCAUUUGCAGUGAGUAAAAGUUUAUUUUCAGUUAUAAUGGCUAUGCGCACUUAUGCUCUCUACGGCCGUAGCCAACAUCUGCUUACCUGGAUGACCAUCAUUAUCAUUGCUCUUGUGGGAGUGGCUUGUGCCGUCAGUUUUGCACAAGUUUCAGGUGAUGCAGCAAUAUUGCCACGAAUUGGCUGUUAUGAAGUAUAUACAGCAGAGACAGUUUGCAAAACUAGGGGUCUGCCACGAUUAUCUCUGACAACCACGAGAGAUAUCAUGGAUGUCAUAUUUCAGGAUGGUGAACCAUUCGUUGCAUCUGUAUUAGCUAUGGCACUGAUUCAUAUACCAAACAUCCUGACAUACUAUGUGAGUCAACAAAUCAUUGAUAGAGCUGCACAGCGCUUACAGCUUGAAUCAGUCGAGUACGGAUGGAUUCUAAAUUUUACUUCCAGUAUAUCCGUUACUCUCAUUUCUCGGCUGAUGCUUAACCUGCACAAGACCACUCACACUGGUAGUUUCUCCACUAACGUCUUGGACGACGACUACCGCCUCGAUGUCCUUACCACCAGGUUAGACGUACAGUCCGCUAUCUCCUCUCACUAUUGGUAGGCUAGUAUUGAAUCUUGUGUCCGGAUGUUAAGCUGGGAGUGAAAGCUAUUUCCAAACCUUUUUUCGAAGGCAGCGCAGUGUGACAGAGUGGUGGACGACGCUGCAUCCCGUGCUGGCAGCUAUGCGUACCUAAAAUCUAUGUCAAAUAUUGUUACUUCUGGCUGAUUAUAUUGACCAAUUCAAUUAUGGACACAACAUCAUAACGUUAA